AUGUUGCGUCGUCUAUGGUCGUCCGACAUCCGCCGACACAUCUCGCUUAAGCGACCCACACCACUCUCCCUCCUCACGGAGGCCACCUCCUACGCCUCCAUCUUCCCAUUAGCCUGGACCUCGGCCUACCUCCUGGGUAGACUGAUCCGACAGACUACGAAGGAACCAUCUGCCGACCCCACACCACAACCAUCGCCGCCUCGCCGUACACGCCGCCUACAACGCCGCCUCCUCCGCUGCUCCAUACCAUUCGGACAACCCACAGGGAAUGACCCCGGGUGGUGUUUCCUGACACUGGCCCCUGCACCAUUCCGACCCUACCUUAUCGGCUUAGGGCCCUACCCUUCACCGGUUAAAGUCCUCAACACUCUCCGUCAACUAGGCCCGCCGGGUGGGGCCCCACUCAAAAUAGGGCAACUGCACCACCCUGGUGACUGCAAACCCUUCGAGAUACCCAUACGACUAACCCGAGACCGAGUCAAACUCCGCGCGUUGGUAGAUACGGGCGCCACUGGGUAUGGAUUCAUCGACGCCUCCUUUGCGGCCUCCCGGGGCUACCUCACGGAAAGCCUCCCCACUCCUCGACAUCUGCAGGUAAUCGACGGCAGACCCAUCGCCUCCGGAGCCAUCACCCAGAUAUGCAAACUCCGCCUGGAAAUAGACGCCCACGUGGAGGGGAUUUCCCUCUUCGUCACUCAGCUAGGGGACACCAAGGUAGUACUCGGCCUCCCCUGGCUCCAACAUCACGCUGCACGGGUCAACUUCGCUAACCGCCACAUCACCUUCCACGCCGACCGCUGCCAACAACACACUGCCGACUCCUGGGCCACCACCCUCGCCUCUAAGCCCCUCAUCGCCUCUGCCACGAGGGCCUACGACCGCACCUUGCCCCCCGGUUUCCAACGCCUCGCGCCACCACCCGUUCCCCUUCCGCUCCGCGCCUCUUCCCCGCCACCACCCAUUCCUCCAAGAAUGACCACCGGUCCUCCUCCAAUACCUCCGAGACCUACAGCCCCACGUCGCACCAUCACUAUCUCCGCCGCCCGCUUCCACCGAGAGCUCCAACAACAGGAGAACCAACUCUUUCUCCUAGCCGCUCGCCCGACCACUCCCGACAAACCACGCGCUACCCCCGCUGAGGAACUGAACCUCCGCCUCGCCGCCGCACUACAAGCUCUCAAGAUCGCCGCUGUAUCCCUUAACCGCCACGACGAACUCCGCGCAGCACUAAGGAAGGAUCCCCUCUCCAGACAACUGAUGAAGGACAUCGCCAACAAGAAAAAGCACUCCCGUUUCCUACCAAUAGGCGAGUGUUCAAUCAGGGAUGGACUGUUGUACUAUCAGGGCCUGAUCUAUAUCCCUGACGAUGCCGCUAUCAAACUGGAAGUCCUCCGCACUAACCAUGACGCCCCUUCGGCUGGACACCCCGGACGCGCCCGCACACUGGAACUCCUCUCACGCAAUUACUACUGGCCACAAAUGCGGAAGUACGUCGCCCGCUAUGUAGACCACUGCGACACUUGCUCUCGGAUCAAACCAGUCCGACACGCCCCUUAUGGCCUCCUCAAACCCCUCACACCACCCACAAAGCCUUGGUCAUCGCUGUCCAUGGAUCAUGUUACUGGCCUCCCGGAGUCCCAGGGAUCCAACGCUAUCCUCGUAGUGGUCGACCGACUGACCAAAAUGGCCCACUACAUCCCCACCAGAGACACGGCGGACGCGGCCGAACUGGCCCGCCUGUUCCUACAACACGUCUGGACAUCCCAUGGCCUACCCAAGGAUAUAGUGUCCGACAGGGGUACCACCUUCACGUCGCAGUUCUGGAGGACGCUGUGCAACCAACUGGACAUCAAACCUCGGUUCAGUACCGCCUUCCACCCUCAAACCGAUGGACAGACCGAAAGGGUGAACGCCAUAAUGGAGCAAUACCUACGGGGCUAUGUCAACUAUCAACAGGAUAACUGGUCGGAGUUCCUUCCCCUCGCAGAGUUCGCGCACAACAAUGCCACCACGGAACCACUGGGGGUCAGCCCCUUCUUCGCGAACUAUGGAUACAACCCUCAGCUGGACACCCUCCCCUCAGAAGAAAGGCACGAAUCUACACCCAAGGAAGUGGUCGAUUUCGCCAACUCGAUCUCCACCCUGCAAGCCGCGUUAAGAUCUGAGAUACUGUACGCCCAAGCCGCCGCCACCGAUAGCGCUAAUGCGGCCCGACUCCCAGAACCCCAUCUCGAAGUAGGGGACAUGGUAUGGUUAUCCCGGAAGCAUAUACGCACCACUAGACCCUCGGACAAAUUGGACCACAAACGACUGGGAAAAUUUAGGAUCCUCGAACGCAUUGGGUCCCACGCCUACCGAUUGGAACUCCCCGCGUCCAUGAAGUCCCAUCCCGUCUUCCAUGUGUCCUCGCUAGAGCCGGCUCGAAGGCACCCACUUCCUGGCCAUAUACAACCGCCACCGCCACCAGUGAUCGUCGAGGGAGAAGAGGAGUUCGAGGUACAGGAAGUGAUGGAUUCCCGGAUACGCCGCAACCAGCUGCAAUACCUGGUCAAGUGGACAGGAUAUGAGCAACCCACUUGGGAACCAGCCCGGAACCUCGACGCAGAAUUAGGGUCGCUGCAACGCUUCCACUCGCUGUACCCCAGCAAGCCGUCCCGGGAUGCCACGAAGCCCAAGGCACGGAAAGUAUGA